AUGUCCUGGUUCAGCCUUCUCCGUGGCCUCAGCACACCCCUAAAUUAUGGCCUAGUCCUGGCCUCCCUACCUUGGGUCACGUGUCCCAUGGCCACCCUGAACCAGAUGCACCGCCGGGGGCCUCCGAAGCAUCCGCCUGCAAAAGUGGGCCCCUCGGCUGGCCGGCAGCAGCUGAAGGGCGUGGUCCUGCGCACGUUCAUCUGCAAGCCUAAGAAGCCCAACUCGGCCAACUGCAAAUGCAACCGCGUGCGGCUCAGCACCGGUCGGGAGGCCGUCUGCUUCAUUCCCGGAGAGGUCCACAGCCUACAGGAGCACCACGUCGUGCUCGUUCAGGGCGGCUGUAGGCAGGACCUGCCCGGCGCCAAGUUCACCCAUGUGCGCAGCAAGUACGACUGUGGCCACGUGCAGAAGUGA